CCAACUCCCCGCCUCAGCCGCCGGGCCGUGUCCGGACGCGCCCCCAGGGCGGGGCGGGGCCCCUCCCCCGGGGCGUGCCGGAGGCGGGGCGUGGGGCGCGCGCCCCCGUGCCCGGUACCGCGGCUGCGCCUUGCUCGCGCCCGCCGCCGCCGCCAUGGACAGCGACGAGGAGACGCUGGAGGAGAUCGUGGAAGGGCAUCUAGAUGAUGAUGGGCUGCCACAUGGAUUCUGUACAGUGACCUAUUCAUCAACAGACAGAUUUGAAGGGAACUUUGUGCAUGGAGAAAAGAAUGGCCGUGGCAAAUUCUUCUUUUUUGAUGGAAGCACCCUGGAGGGGUACUACGUUGACGACGCCCUGCAGGGCCAGGGGAUCUACACCUACGAGGAUGGAGUGGUGCUCCACGGCACCUACGUGGACGGAGAGCUGAACGGCCCAGCCCAGGAGUACGACAGCGACGGGCGGCUCAUUUUCAAGGGGCAGUACAAGGACAACAUCCGACACGGAGUCUGUUGGAUUUACUACCCGGAUGGAGGCAGCCUUGUGGGAGAAGUGAACGAAGACGGCGAGAUGACCGGAGAGAAAAUAGCCUAUGUGUAUCCUGAUGGAAAGACUGCAUAUUCUGGAAGGUUCAUAGAUGGAGAAAUGAUAGAAGCAAAACUGGCAACUCUGACAGCUGUUGAGGAUGGGAAACCUCAGUUUGAAGUAGUACCAGGCAGCCCAGUAUACAGUUUUGACAAAUCUACUUCAUCCUGCAUUUCUACAAAUGCCCUUCUUCCUGAUCCUUAUGAGUCAGAGAGGGUGUAUGUGGAUGUGUCUCUCAUUUCCAGUGCUGGAGAAGGACUGUUUUCUAAAAUAGCAGCAGAGGCCAGUACGGUGAUGUCCUUCUAUAACGGAGUGCGAAUUACACACCAGGAGGUAGACAGCAGAGACUGGGCCCUCAAUGGAAAUACAAUAUCCCUGGAUGAUGAGACAGUCAUAGACGUGCCAGAGCCCUACAACCACGCUGCCAAGUACUGUGCCUCGCUGGGGCAUAAGGCCAACCAUUCCUUCACUCCUAACUGCACCUACGAGCCGUUUGUUCAUCCUCGUUUUGGGCCCAUCAAGUGCAUCCGCACCAUCAGGGCUGUGGAGAAGGACGAGGAGCUGACAGUGGCUUAUGGCUACGACCACAACCCUGUGGGGCAGAACGGGCCCGAGGCCCCCGAGUGGUACCAGCUGGAACUGAAAGCUUUCCAGGCUGCCCAGCAAAAGUGACAUGGGAGCACCUUCUCCGUUCAGCAAACUGAAACAGAAACUUGGAUCUAUGCACUACCUUUAUACUCGAAACUGGACAACCAGGGAUUGUUCAUGCUGUUGCAUCAUAACCUUGCAUUCUGUGUUAAGAGAUAAGUUCCUUGGAUACUAACUAGGUUUGACCGUGUUACUCAUAGCAGAUUUAAAAAUUAGCUAGCAUUGCACCAGUCUUAUCUGAAGAAAUUAUUUAAUAUUCUAUACAAGAUGUGGUAUUCUUUGGUAGCUUCUGCUUUUGCACCAUAUGCAAAGAUGCCAAAAGACUAGAAAGAAACUAAAAUGGGUGUAUCGUUCACUUUUAGUCGGCAGACUUAGUGUUGCUCUCUAUCUGCCUAGGCAUUAUUGUGCAACUGCAUUUUGCAUAUAUGCCACUUGUGAUGAUAACAGUAAUAUUUUGAUAUUCUCUAAUAGUAGCAUAAUUUUGCCUUUUUAAACCUUUGAUCUGAAUCUUGCAAUAGAGCAGUUUAUUUAUUAUCAUAUAGGAGGCUGGGUUUUAACUCCCCUUUCCUCUUGUCUGAACGUUGUUCUUUCUACAAAUCCUCUUUUGCAGGAGAAAAUCCUUUCUAACUAGUGGAAAGGCUUGUGUGUGUAUGUGAGAGUGCUGUGUGUUGGUCUCUGUGGCUCUCUAAAUAGUAUAGCAACAUGUCUAAACCUAAUAUUUAUCUAGCCUGUAUGGCUGGCUUAUUUUAUUUAAUUUAUUAUUAUGACAUGCAAAUGAAGCUGUUCUUUGCAUGAGGAUUUUGUGAAAAGGAGAAGACAGAUUUGCUGUUGAAAGACUUCCAGGAGUACCCGUUCUGGAAGGCAAGCACAUGACUUGCAUCAGUGUUCAUGGGCUGGUUUGUGUAUUUAACCUGUUCAAGUGGCCAGUUCUCAAGGCAAGAAAAGAUGCUUGGGUCUCCCACGGAUUCUCUGAAGGAGGUGCAUGUUUUUGGGGGCAGGCUGUAGUCCUUGGUGAAGGAGAGCUGUAUCUUUUCUGUGUUCACUUGGCAGAACAGCAUAGCCUUAUAGCCAUCUUUUAGUAGUUCUGGUUUAUGGCACAGUGAAUUAAUAUAAUAUGAGGUAUCAAAAUGAGAUUUUUUUUACAAAAGAAAAGAUAUUAAAAGAUUGUUUUUGAAAGACAAACAAUGAAUGUAAAAACAUCACUCUGCGCAUAUUUAUAAACAGCAUUCAAAUCCAUAGCUUUGUUGCAGCCAACAGUGGGGGCUUGUGAAUAUUCAUCUGCAGGGUUGUGUUCUGGGAAAACUGUGGUUUGUCAGAUACUGUACUGCUCUUGCCUAAUGCUGUGUAAGAGAGAAAAAAUGUAUUGUCUCAGUCUGGAUACUGGGGCCUUUCUGAGACUCUGACGUUCUCUUUUGGGUUUAGCAGCUUAGGAGAAACUCAAAUGCAUUUGCAACACUUUCUUUAAAUGUUUGUAGUUUUAAAAAGUUUGUAUAUAUGUAACAUAAAUGAUUUGGGAAUCAGACCUUUUUAUUGCAAGACAUUUUGGUUGCUUGAAUUGUUGGAGGUGUCUGGGAAGCUGGGCAGGGAGAAUGUCUUGGGUACCUGCAGGUGGAAGGAUGAGGCUGCUCUUAUGUGCAGGCAAAUCUUUGCUUUGGUACCUGAGGAAAGUUAGGGAUUACUCAUGAGAACCUGGGGCUCUGUUUGGUCCCUGUGGCUGCUCACAAACAUUUUCCAUCACCUCAUCAUUUCAGUGUGCACAGAAGCUGCUCUGUGCGUGUGCUGGGGACAGGCAGGCUCAGGGUAUUGUGACACUCUUUCAGCAGUGAUCUGCACAGGAGCUGUGACCCUUCCCAUCUCCUCGUGCUUGACACUCAGGUCACAGCUCCACGUCUCAUCCACGGCAGAGGUGACAGCUCAGGGACUCACCUGAGUGUGCAGAGACCUCACAGGUGAGGGAGAGCUGGCAAAGGUCAGUCAGCUGCUCAGCUUCAGUAAAUGAUUCUCCAAAAGAAAUAUGCAUGACUUCAUCUUUCCCUACCUGCCCUUAGGUGGUUAUUUUGGGUCAUCAGCCACUUGCAGGAAAGGAGGGAGCUCUUAUGUGUGUCUUGGGGAUUAUUGUGCCAGGAUCAUGAAGUUUACACAGCUGAGGCUCGAGUUUAGGUGCAGGAAAGAGCAGAGGGAGGAUGUGGCUGAGCCCUGCUGGGAAUGGAUGGUAACUCCUUCCACAGUCUUGAUAACCUGCUGUGGACUGCUGGCCUCUCUGUGCUCACUGGGGAACUGUGCUUGAAAUGUUCUGAUCUCUAGAACUUCUUUCCCUUCAUUUCUGAUCAGUCUCUGAUUCCUCUGCUAAUCUCUUUUGUGUGGAGUUGCUUUUAGUAGAUUUGUCAGUCUUCAUACUGCCUGAUUUUGAGAUAAAUAGAAUAUAGGUGCUCUUUGUGCAUCAGGCUAGAAGAUUGUAUCAUAAAACAGGGAAAUUCUAGGGGAAAAAAAAGGCACUGAGGUGUCCUGUGUCUUCUCAAAAAAUUAGGUGAGAGUCAAGCAGAUUCUUUUGUACACGUGUGUAGCCUGAUAGGUAGCAUGCCACAGCCGUGGCUGUUAUCUCUGUUACCUCUGCUGUCCUUCUCAGCUCUGUAAAAACUGUUGGUCUUUCUAUAGCUCCCUUCUUCAGCGACCAACCUUCUGUAAAAGUUGUGAUUACGGAGCUGCUUUGGCUUGAUUCAGGACCAAGCCUUUUAACUCUUGUUUUCUCUCUCCUCCUGGUCUGUUAGAGUGGAGGUGGCUGGGAGGGAUUUUGCCACUGGGUGGUGAAAGAGCUCAGUGUGUCCUUCAGAGGUGUGAGCUGCCAUCCCCUGGUUCAAACACAGCUUAGUUACACAACUCCAAACAAUGCCUUAACAGGUCAGUGUGCUUCUGGGGCUCGCUAGAGAGCAGGAGCAGCUUCACAGAGCUCCUCAUAUCCACAGACACCACACCCACCACGGUGUUCAUCUGGGGCAGGGGAAGCACCACCUUACACAGCAGCUUCUCGGGUCUGUAGGACGCAGCUGACUGCUGGUGAAUAUGCAAUAAGUAAAGAAGCUCCACUUCUUAGUCUGGCCAAAGACCUUUCCUGAAGCUGGGAGGAGAGCUGAUGCUUGUCAGCUGGGCCUGAGUGAGCUGCUGGCUCUCAAGAUACCUGUUUUGACUAAAAAAUAGCAUGGGAAAACCUGGGAUUGCUGCAUUUUUCAGGUGCAGAUCAGUUCCCAACAUCUGGCUUUAGUCUCCAGUGCUGCUCGUGGCUUCUCUGUGAUGGGAGAGUUAUUUGAGCUCCUUUCUGAGAAGUCUGUAUCACCCUGUAUUAGGAAGCUACUGAUUGCCUCUUUAAAAAAAGAAUUAAAAUCUGAAGUGGAUUUUCCUGCGAUGGCAGCACAGGGUUUUCUCAUCAAUAAUAUAGAAGUUUUGUUUUCUGGAAGUGGCUACUCUCGGAGAUGAGAGCCGGAAAAGUUGCAACUGAGAGCUGCCUGCAGCUGGGGUCACUCCACUGGAUAAGAAGGAAAAGGAAAAGGGCUUUGGCCAUGGAGGGGGUGUCUGAAGUUGAGUCUUGUGCUAUAAUUCUACUUUUGGGGAUCCUGAUUUUCUUUUAAUAAACCUGAAAAGGCUUUUUUCCUUUUUUUUUUUUUUUUAAUAGUAAUUAUAUAAAACUAACCCUACAUAAAUACCUGUAAAUCUUGACUGCAGAAAAAGACAAAGGAAAUGCAUGGAAAUAGCUGUUCAGCUGUGAGAGCUUUUUGACUUUUUCCGCAGUUGCUACGAUAGCUCCUAGUGUCUCCUGGGAUGGCCCAUGCUUUGAAUCAGGUCCUGGAAGGGUUUUGGGAGCUCUGGGAGGCCAUGGGGUGAGGCUGUGUGUUUUGGGGGUGACCAGGCAGGCUUCUCCUUGGCACAGCCUUCCCGGAGGCAGAAGCGUUGCACACAGAUGGCAGUGGGUUUUUUCCCCAGGGGUCUUGUAGCAUGUUGCUAGAAUCUAGAAGCAAUGUGCUACAAGAAGCAGGAGCUCUGUUGGGGAUUUCUCACCCUUUGUCAGGCUCUGGAGGAGCAGAGUAGCCAACAUAUCCCAUCUGGUAAGAGAAACUGAGAAAUUACAGAAAUUGCCCCUUUUUUGUGUCCUUCCCAGCUGUGUGCCCUUGUCCCCCAGUCAAAGCAGUGCUCACCACCUGGGCUGUGCCAGGGGUGCAGCAGUUGAGACCUCUGUCAUUUGUGUCCUUCCACUCAGUUUGAUGGUGUUUAGGAGAACGCUGCUGUUCCAUGUAAAACAUUACACAGAGCUGAGGAUCUGCUGCUUUGUUCUCCUGUGGCCCAGCAGAACUGCUGGAGCCGUGGGUGCCUGAGGACUUCACCUCCAAGCACUUAAAAAAACCAAAUUGCUUUGGUACUGAGGUAUCUGCUCACAUGCUGGGGUGCUGCCUGUUCCUCACUUGCACUGCUGUGCCAAGAGCAUCCAGGCGAGGAGAGCAGGCGUGGGAGCAGCUCCAUCUGCCAGUGGGGAUGGGCUUCACCUGCAGUGAACUUGUUCCUUUUGCUUCAUGGAACGGAAACAUGAGAACUGUAUUUUUGGACAAAGAAUUUAUAAGGGAUUUUGGGGGUUUUUUUUAAGGAAAAACAAAAGGUGCAAGAUUAAGUGCAUGUUUACUUGCCCCAGAUCAAAGGUUUUGAGAAUACUAAGGUCACUCUUCCUUGAAUGGACCAUCCAUUGGGCAGUGGAACUUCCUGCCCUUUUCCUCUUUACCAUUUUAUUGUAACUCUCUUCUUUCCCCCAGGAGAAAUAUCUAUACAAAAAAUAUAAGCAAUUAAAUGUUCAAGCCAUAAAAUUAUGAGUGUGGGAAGACCCGCUUUACAGGUUUUAACAUUUGUAUGUAAAAUGUUGUUUGUAUGAAAUAUUUUCAUGGUAGAAUGAAUAUUUAAACACAAAAGUUUCAGUAAGAUCUAAACCAGAUUUAAAGGGAUGUCUUUUUGUAAGAUGCAAGUGUAAUUGAAUACCAGUAAGUAGAUUUGAUUUUAUUUUUUUUUAAGAGGAGAUGCAACAAAUGAUCCUUACAAUUGCAAAUUGUUGUUUCUGCUAUUUGGGGGAGUAUUUAUGCAGCAUUACAUGCAGCCGCCAUAAAUAACUGCAAUAGCAAGGCUAGUCACAUUUUCAAGAUGUACCUCUCAGCUUGUCUCCUCAUGAUACAAACAACCCAUCCCUCCUUUCUGUAGACUCCCUUCUAGAAAACUUUUCCUACUGCAGCUGUAACAAAUUUAACGAAUUUACUUCUGAGCUAAGAACCAGACUAAAAUUGUGUAUUACUUAACAGUUUCUGCUGGGCCUUCUGCUGUUUUAAUACUCUUUAGCCCAUAAUUAGUGGGUGUCUCUGUUCUGAAGAACUAAGUGCUAAAGAAUAAUCUUUGGGGUAAGCUUGUACAUGUGUUAACAGUUAACCCCGGAGUGUUUAACUUGUGUACAGUACUUGAUAGGUGUUUUAUGACAUUUGUACUCGAACUAUGAGCCUUACUGAACAUCUGUAAGUUUAUUCAUGACUUUUAAAAAAUGGAUAACUCUAAGAAAGAUGUUUACAUGAA